AUGAUGCCUGAAAGUAUUAAACAAAAUAAAGCAAGAACAAUUUUACAACAUUUAAGUGAAGCAUGGCGUUGUUGGAAAGCAAAUAUUCCAUGGAAAGUACCCGGUUUACCUAUACCUAUUGAAAAUAUGAUAUUACGUUAUGUUAAAGCUAAAGCUGAUUGGUGGACAUCAACAGCACAUUAUAAUCGUGAACGUAUAAGACGUGGUGCAACAGUUGAUAAAACAGUUUGUAAAAAAAAUUUAGGUCGUUUAACACGUCUUUUCUUAAAAUCUGAACAAGAACGACAACAUAAUUAUCUUAAAGAUGGUCCAUAUAUAACAGCUGAAGAAGCUGUAGCUAUUUAUACAACCGUUGUACAUUGGCUUGAAUCUCGACGAUUUUCACCAAUACCAUUUCCACCCUUAGCUUAUAAACAUGAUACAAAAUUACUUAUAUUAGCAUUAGAACGUUUAAAAGAAGCAUAUAGUGUUAAAUCAAGAUUAAAUCAAUCACAACGUGAAGAAUUAGGUUUAAUUGAACAAGCCUAUGAUAAUCCACAUGAAGCAUUAUCACGUAUUAAACGUCAUCUUUUAACACAACGUGCAUUUAAAGAAUGUGGUAUUGAAUUUAUGGAUUUAUAUAGUCAUUUAAUACCGGUUUAUGAUGUUGAACCAUUAGAAAAAAUAACUGAUGCUUAUUUAGAUCAAUAUCUAUGGUAUGAAGCUGAUAAACGUCGACUUUUUCCAGCAUGGAUUAAACCAGCUGAUAGUGAACCACCACCAUUACUUGUUUAUAAAUGGUGUCAAGGUGUUAAUAAUCUUCAAGAUAUUUGGGAUACAAAUGAAGGUGAAUGUAAUGUUAUGCUUGAAUCACAUUUUGAAAAAUUAUAUGAAAAAAUUGAUUUAACAUUAUUAAAUCGUUUACUUCGUCUUAUUGUUGAUCAUAAUAUUGCUGAUUAUAUGACAGCAAAAAAUAAUAUUGUUCUGAAUUAUAAAGAUAUGAAUCAUGUUAAUUCCUAUGGUAUCAUUCGUGGUUUACAAUUUGCAUCAUUUGUUGUACAAUAUUAUGGUCUUGUUCUUGAUUUAUUAGUAUUAGGUUUACAACGUUCGUCGGAUAUGGCUGGUUUACCACAAACUCCAAAUGAUUUUUUAACUUUUCAAGAAGUUGCAGUUGAAACAGCUCAUCCAAUUCGUCUCUAUUGCCGUUAUAUUGAUCGUAUACAUAUAUUUUUUCGAUUUACAGCUGAUGAAGCACGUGAUUUAAUUCAACGUUAUUUAACUGAACAUCCAGAUCCAAAUAAUGAAAAUAUUGUUGGUUAUAAUAAUAAAAAAUGUUGGCCACGUGAUGCACGUAUGCGUUUAAUGAAACAUGAUGUUAAUUUAGGUCGUGCUGUAUUUUGGGAUAUUAAAAAUCGUUUACCACGUUCCGUAACAACUAUAUUAUGGGAAAUGAGUUUUGUUUCUGUUUAUUCCAAAGAUAAUCCAAAUUUAUUAUUUAAUAUGUGUGGUUUUGAAUGUCGUAUAUUACCAAAAAUUCGUAUGACACAUGAAGAAUUUGUACAUAAAGAUGGUGUUUGGAAUUUACAAAAUGAAACAACAAAAGAACGUACAGCACAAUGUUUCUUACGUGUUGAUGAUGAAUCAAUGAAUCGUUAUCAUAAUCGUGUACGACAAAUUUUAAUGGCAUCAGGUUCAACAACAUUUACCAAAAUCGUUAAUAAAUGGAAUACAGCAUUAAUUGGUUUAAUGACAUAUUUUCGUGAAGCUGUUGUUAAUACACAAGAAUUAUUAGAUUUACUUGUUAAAUGUGAAAAUAAAAUUCAAACACGUAUUAAAAUUGGUUUAAAUUCAAAAAUGCCUUCUCGAUUUCCACC